GGACAAUUCGUUAAUCACCGUCCAGCAUGGACCACGUAUCUAGGUUGGCUCAACGGCCACGCGUGGUGCUCUCUCGCCUCCAACGUCAUACCCUCAGUCGCCCUUAUCACCCGCGAAGUUUCUCAUCCUCGCCGUCGCCCUCGUUCUCUCCUCUCCAUCUCCGACCAGCACCGCUUCUUCUCCGCACUCGCGCCGCAACCACCACCAACCUUCGCACUUCUUUCAACACCCCCUCACUUCGAACUCGAACCCUCACACGCUACGCAUCGACGAUGGCCGAACCACAAUUCUCCGAGGGCACUGACCCCGAACAGGCGCGGCUGGGACUGCAAGCACUGCAGGAACAGCAGGGCUGGGCGCUGGAUGAGGACGGACAGGGCGUGAAGAAGACAUACUAUUUUAAAUCAUACUUUAAGGCAGUGACCUUCCUCAACGUGAUCGCAUCCGAGAGCUCAGUCAAGAAACACCAUCCCACCAUGACUGUGAGGAUUGGAUCGGUCGAUAUCCACUGGACUACCCACCAUCCCCGGGGCCUAAGUGCGAAGGACCUGGAAAUGGCGCAGCAUUGCGACGAGGCAGCGGAGCUGAUGGGGGCAGUGGAACAAGGCCAGGGAAGGAAGUGCGCGCCGGGGAAAGCCUAAGGGAUCGAGAUCCCUCGUUUAUAUGAACGUAUG